UUAAAUAUUCCAGGUCAUGGGGUCGUAAAGGGUGCUAGAAAUGCGCGCCACAAACACACGUGAUGUGCCAGCGAAGUGAAUGGUCGAGAAAUGUCCUACUUUAUGACACGGCGUUUCAGUUGAUAGGAUACUCGUGACGCAGUCCUGUGCCGACUGACACCUUCAGAACAAACAUCAAAGCGAUGAGAUCUGGAAGGAACUCGAUCGCCGGGAGGCGUCCGGUUUUCUUCAUUGUAGGAAGAUACAGAGGAACAGUUGAAAAAAAGAGAGUAGUAUAGGAUUUGAGCGGUUUUGAUUUUGCCUGUACUGCCAUGUUGUGUGACACCAAAGAAUGUGUCACAAGCACUGUCAUCUCUGAACCCUGAAAGUCUUUCUCAUGACAUGGUUUGUGAGGUUUCAGCAGAUGUGUCUAAUAGAAAUGAUGCAGAAAUACUUGCAUCCACAAGUUAAACACCAGAACUGUAGCUUUCAAUCAGGAUUGAUGCUGGAAAUUCUCUUAGAAUGGUUAUUACUUAGCAGGAAAACCUGUUUCAGUAUAUGCAUGACUCUUUGCUAGAAGGCAUUGACCCUCCUGAAAAAUAUUUAUUUACUUAUCCAUUCCACGGAUUGCCUUAAUUAUAUUCAUCUGUGGCUGUUGGUGCACUUGCAGCAGGUGUCCUGUUGUGAUUUCUCCUGUGUGAUGGCUUUUAAAUACUGUUUUCAUCUUUUUAUAUUGGUGCAUAUUUCGAUGUAUUCAUAAGAACAUGGUUGACUUGCUGAAUGACUCGGUGAGUGGAGGCUCACUAGAGUCAAUAGAUAGGGGGGAAAAGGAGCCUUUAGUUGGAACUCGAGUCACAGCAACAGCUGUGUACACCCGCCGGUGGUAUCUGCUCCUACUCUUCUCUCUCUGCUGUAUGCUGUGGACAUUAAUUUGGGCAACAUGGGGACCUAUUGCACAGUCUGCAGAAGCAGCCUUUUCCUGGGAUGACAGCAAUAUUGCCUUGUUUUUGUGGGUGGGCAAUGUACCUUUUGCUGCCCUUUGUAUCCCAUAUUCUUGGCUCAUGGAUCACAGAGGACUACGUGUUUCUAUGCUGCUUGCCUGUUUUGUAAUGGCUGCUGGUGCUGGGCUUCGUUGCAUUGGCUUGUAUGAUUUCGAUAAUUUUCAAUGGCUUGUGUAUGCUGGGCAGUUUUUAAACGGGAUUGCAGGGCCUUUUACUCAGGGAGGUUGUGCUCUGUUUUCCAACCUCUGGUUUCCACCUGGUCAGCGGGCCACAGCCACUGCCAUUUCUACCUUAAUUGGAUAUAUGGGCAGCUCACUUGCAUUUAUUUUGGGGCCACUGAUUAUCCCCGGUUCUACAUCCGACGCCGACAUCAUCACCACCACAAUAAAUCCAGGAGGCAGGAAUUUAACUCAAUACCUAAUAAUGGACCCUCAGUCUGCAAACAACACAGAUUUACAAGAUGGAAUCAUGAGGUACAUGUACUACCAAGCUGGAGCUGCUGGGUUGUUGUUGGUGUUGGUGCUGAUAUACUUUCCGGAUAAACCUCCAGUGCCACCAAGUUUGUCAGCCGCCACAGAAAGAGAAGAAUUCCGACCUGGUUUGGCAAAACUAAUCAGGAAUAAACAGUUCUGGAUGAUUUCAUUGGCCUACAGUCUACCAGUGGGGAUUUUUGAGGUCUGGGACAUAGGACUUGAUGUAAUCCUUAAUGCUAUUAACAUUGAUCAGACUGAGGCUGGGUGGAUAGGCUUUUACUCAGUUAUUGCAGGCUGUGGCACAGGUCUUAUCAUUUCCAGGUUUGCAGAUAUAUUUUUCCGGCAGCUGAAGCUGUUUCUUGUGCUUUUCUACAUUGUUUCGGCUGUUUUUAUACUGUGGUUUAUAUUCAUUUACAUUGGUUUACUACCAACUGAUGAUGUAAGUAUCAAAGCUGCUAUCAUUCUCAGUGGAGUGUUCUUAGAUGGAUGCUCACCGCUUUUCUACGAGCUUGUGUGUGAAGCGGCAUACCCUGUUGGGGAAGGCGUAUCCUCUUGUUUCUUGCAAAUGAUGACCAUCAUUGCUGGGGUGGUUUUCUUAAGCAUCCAGGAGAUUCCAAAUCUUGGUACUACCUGGAUGAACUGGUGUCUUUUUGGGUCUGUGUGUGGAGCAGUACCUCUACUUCUGCUGGCAAAAGAGAGGUAUGGUCGAUCUGACAUUGAUGCAAAGGAAAUUAUUGUGCAUGAACCACCUGAAAAUCCAAGCAUGCAGCGAGAUCAUGCUCAUCAGAUCCAUGACAGUGACACUACAACAGCAGUAGAGGUGUGACUUGUUAUGACAUUAAAUUUUACGCACAGUAAGAGGAUAUUUUUUGGUGUGUCUUGAAUGACUUUUGGAUUCCUUUACCAUUGGCCUCAGAGAUGUUCUCUGAUAGUGAUACCAUAAAAUGGUUAUUUAAACAAAAAUCGUGUGUGCCUUACAUUUUUCUUGCCCAAUCAAACUGUGCCUGAAUACUUAAAUAAUUUCCUAAUACUUGGAAACUUCUUCAGAGGAUAAACAAUGUUUGUUGGAAUGUGUAUGAGCAAAAUAAAGUUUUGUUAUGCAGCAGAUCAAGUUUUGUAAAAUUAAAAAAAAAAUUGAGAUUUUGUUUUUAAUGAUCAAACUGUAGAAAUAAUUGGUCACUGGAGGAAGUUGCAGAGACUAAUGUGGAAAUAAUAAUAAAGCAUAUCAUGAUAUUUCAAUUGAAUGAACUUUUUUGACAGUGGAUGUACUUUUUACAAUAUUUGCAGUUUAUUAAAAAGGACUAGUUUUUUAUAAUCAGUGUACAUUUUAUAAACUGAUUCAUAAAUUUGUUGCUUGUUUGUUCGGACAUUCAUUUAGAAGAAAUGUCCAAAAUAAAACAAUGUGUUGGA